CUUCCUGCCGCUGCUGCUGCUGCCGGCGGCCCCCGCGCCCCGUCGCGCUUCCUACAAGCCGGUCAUCGUGGUGCACGGGCUCUUUGACAGCUCGUACAGCUUCCGCCACCUGCUGGACUACAUCAACGAGACACACCCUGGGACUGUGGUCACGGUGCUUGAUCUCUUCGAUGGGAGAGAGAGCUUGCGGCCCCUGUGGGAACAGGUGCAAGGGUUCCGAGAGGCCGUGGCCCCCAUCAUGGCAAAGGCCCCUCAAGGGGUGCAUCUCAUCUGCUACUCGCAGGGAGGCCUGGUGUGCCGGGCACUGCUCUCCGUGAUGGAUGAACACAAUGUGGAUUCUUUCAUCUCUCUCUCCUCCCCACAGAUGGGACAGUAUGGAGACACGGACUACUUGAAGUGGCUGUUCCCUACCUCCAUGAGGUCUAACCUCUACCGGAUCUGCUAUAGCCCCUGGGGGCAGGAGUUCUCCAUAUGCAACUACUGGCAUGAUCCCCACCACGACGACUUGUACCUCAAUGCCAGCAGCUUCCUGGCCCUGAUCAAUGGGGAAAGAGACCAUCCCAAUGCCACUGCAUGGCGGAAGAACUUCCUUCGCGUGGGCCGCAUGGUGCUGAUCGGAGGCCCUGAUGAUGGUGUCAUUACCCCUUGGCAGUCCAGCUUCUUUGGUUUCUAUGACGCAAAUGAGACGGUCUUGGAGAUGGAGGAACAACUGGUUUAUCUUCGGGAUUCUUUUGGGCUGAAGACUCUGUUGGCCCGGGGGGCCAUCGUGAGGUGUCCCAUGGCCGGGAUUGCCCACACGGCCUGGCACUCCAACCACACCCUUUACGAGACCUGCAUCGAACCCUGGCUCUCCUGAGGACAUGCCCAGGGGUCCCGAGGAACUCCGGCCCAGAGACCAAGUGGUGGCCUUGGAGAUCGGACGUCAGGCUCCGUUGCGCCUGCCCCCACCGACCGGGGCUCCCAGGACCCCCUCCUCUGCUCUGUGAAUGACAAAUCCUGGUCUCCCCCACCUCAUGUCUUCAUUUGGGGUGGCUCCAUGCUCUCCCAUCCUCCCAAGGCUGAGGUUGGGAAGUGAGAAACCAGGUUUUUAACUUGUGGCUGCUCCUCCAUCUCUGGCUGUGCAGGAGGGGAACCCAGCCUGCCCACCACAGGGGUCUCCUCCCAGGCUGCUCAGGACAUUGUUACUCUGUUCCCGCUGAACUCCCCCAUUGUCAGCCCUCUCACCCCAGGAAGGACUACCCAUGAGAGCGGGGUCCAAGGCUCCCCUAUGGGUACAGUUCCAUUCUUGAAGUGUCAAUGUUGGGGAAUAUCUGUGGCCUGUGAGGCCCAUCUCAGGUUUGGGGAUCCCCCAGUCCCUAUGUUCAGUGUUGGGGUACUUCCUGGGAGCCUACUUACUUUGAGGCCCCAGCCCCUCCUUUAGCUACCCUUGAAUGGGUGUUACCCUGUAUUUAUGGAAAUAAAAUUCCAUUUCCUCA